CUGAGACGUGUUGUGAGUCAACCAUACCGCCAGCAAAUUUCUGCAGCCUGGUGCGAGUUUGUUGUGCUCCUCCUAUCGGUGGAACCGGGAAGAACUGGUGCCUUUGUUUGUGGCGAUCUUGAUUUUCGACGCAGUGUCUAACUGCGAGAGCUCUCGCCAAUAUUCAAAGCCAGCUUUUGAUCGUGAUCCGAGAGCGAAUUGUGAGGGAAAUGUGUCCAAUCGAGUGUGUUAAUGAAUGAAUCCGCACAUCAUCAUCUUGUGCUGUUACGCACCACAGUCCGCAAUGUCAUCCGGGAUUUAUCGAACGUACAAAUCAGUGAAUGAGUAAUGCAUCAGCUAUGGGUUCUUAAUUUUAUCGAACCCCGCCAUUGAGCGUGUGUGUGUGACUCGCGGCUGCUACGCCGUUUAUACACAACUCCAUCCCGUGGUAUAUCGAUCGUUCCCAUUAUCUCGCGGAAACCGUUAAGUCAUCUUAAACCCCAUGCCACGGAUAGAUAAUUGUGGACCGUGUUGAUUCCUACCCGAAGCGUUAUCAAUUUUAUCGAAAGUUUGGCACACAGUACACAGUGGUCGACACCAGGCAGACGAGUACGGUUCGGUCGCCGAACGACUGAGGGUGGUCCCUUUCAACACGCAGACUCCUCGCGGGUUGGUUCUUUGCACAAAGUUCAAGGUGAGGGAAACAAAAUGCCGAAGGAAAAAACCUCGAAGCAUGUGAAGUGCGACGUACUGUUUGAUGACAACUCGAGCGGCAUAUUUGCGGCCGGUGAUCGUGUUACCGGGACGAUCGAGCUCCACCUUACUAAGAUCAAGAAAGUGCGAGGUGUCUGUCUGCUUAUCUCCGGGUUUUCGGCCGUGUUUUGGGAGGCGAAGGUACCGGAUGGUCCAAAAAACAAAAAAGUUAAAGCCCAAUUUAAGGGCCGCGAAGACUUCAUCAAGAAGAAGCUGUAUCUGGCCGGAUCGGAAAAUGGUGCCGGUAUGCAGCUACCACCCAACCACAUACGUUACAAGUUCGAUUUCACCAUCCCACCAGCAGCGCCGACCUCGAUGGAGGGAAAGUACGGACACGUCCGGUAUCUGCUACAGGUGACGCUUGAGCGGCCUUGGAAGUUUGAUCACAACUUCCAGCAACCGUUCACCGUCGUGUGUCAGGCGGAUCUGAACAAAAGCAACGAGGUGCUGUGCAUACCGACCAAGGCAGAAAAUAUGAUAACAUUCUACUGUGGUUUGUGCCGAUCCCGUCCGCUGAUGGUAUCGGCGACAACACCGAAGUCGGGCUAUGCACCGGGUGAAACGAUCGAGCUAGAGGUGUUUGUGCAAAACUCCAGCAAGGUGGCAGUGAGCGAGAUUGAGAUCAAGUUCCAGAAGAUCCUCAAAUUUACCAGCCAGACGCGUGUCAUCGGCCAGACGCAAAUACCGAAGGAAGAAAAUAACAUCCAGUACGAGGUGCUAGAGGUACACAAGAUUCCAACCGUCGAGGGUGAGAACGAUGCCCGGUUUGUGGAAAACUUUGUCGUCGGUCCAAUUCCGUCCACCGAAACGGCGCAGAGUCGUAUCGUAGCAGUAGGAUACGAGCUGGCACUUGUCGUUAAACCACAGGCGUCUACCAAACGCAUGAAGCUUAACAUACCGAUUACGAUCGGCCAGAUCCCAUUGGCAGGAUCUGCCACGCCGUACUCGAUAUCGGGAGGACUGCAUAAGCUGAACGAUACAUUAAACGAGCACAGCAGCGCACCGCCGGCAUAUGAGGCCUAGCCGCGUGAUGGGUGAUUGAUAGCACACCUAUGACAAACUGGAUUACCUUGUGAUAGAGAUUAGAAAACGCAAAUUGAGCGAACGAUCGCAACGAAUGACGUACUAGUGAUUUUAAUAUACAUAUUUAAGCAGCAGUGAGCAUUUUGUUUCAUGUGUUUUUAAAUAAACAAAAACCUAUUUUAUUUACAUACAA